AUAAUCGACUAUGCCCGAGCCCACUAAAUCCUCGCCUGGCGAAUACGUGCUUAUUCGCAGCAAUGUCGAGAGCGAGAGGUAAACUACCCCCCUGAAGACUAAAUGAAAUCUAACAGACCUAGACUAGAAAGACAAUUCAAGGCCUGGCAAGCCAACAUCGGCUAUCUCAUGCACCCCGCCAUUGCACAGCACGACCACAUGCGUAUUGCAGACGUCGGGACUGGAACAGGCAUCUGGCUACGCGAAGUCGCAAAAGCCCUCCCUAGCAGCCACCUCGACGGCUUCGACCUGUCAGACUCAAUGUUCAGUAGAGACCAUCUACCAGGAAACAUCCACUUCCACCACCAGAACUUCCUAGAGCCCUUCCCUGAAGAGUUCCUUGGGAAAUACGACGUUGUCAAUGUACGCGUUAUGGUGCUCGCGCUGUCUUCGGAUGAAUGGGGCCCUGCUGUGCGGAAUCUGAUGACUCUGCUUCGUGAGUAUAACGCAUAUCUCGAGAUAUACUGCCUUGUUGAUAACGUUUAGGACCUGGUGGGUAUCUCCAGUGGGUUGACUGCGCCGCCCAUGACUGCGUAGUGAAGGCACCGGACGGGGUGAAUCCUACGCAUGCCCGGCGUUAUAUGGAGAUAUUCCGUACGGGCAUGAUCGCUGUUGGAAAGACGCCAAAGUAAGUACACGUACACACUUUUUACCCCGAAGCCCUUCUAAUACUAGGUCUAGUGUAGGCGCGCUGAAGGGGAUCUUCCAGAAAAGCGGACUCGCAGACUGCGAAGAACAGGUUUUUUGCUUGCGGCGUUGAAACUUGGUAAGGGACUGGUGAGUUUGGAGGAGGUCAUGGCUUUGCGACAGGCUGCGCUGGCUGAUUGUGAUCUUGGUUGUUAUUAUUGUUAUGAUGUCCAUGUGGUU